GGGGGCGCUAAUGUCGCGCGUAGCGUCUGCUCCUCUCAAAAUUUGCUCCUCAUUCGUAAAGCUUCGAAGCGGAAUGGCUGUUCGUAUUGUAAACGCAACUGCGUAUUUGUUUUGAUAAGCUACGUGAAAGCCCGGUUUGACCGGAAACGCAUGACAACCAAAUAGUGAGCAGAACUAACGUCGACGCUUUGCGAUGAGGGACGAAACGAGGCCUCAGUACUGCUACCAGGUUCUGGACUUCACAAUGCCAUUACCGAAACAGCUAGAGGACCUCCACAUGACGUGCAACAUCAACCAUGCCCGGGAAGCUCUCGUCCUGGCGGUUCAUGUUUUGAUGACUGAGACGGGCUUUGAGAUAGAGGGUUGGCAGGAAAAGGGAUCGGAUGGCACCGUCGAAGACCAUACUGCGAAAGAGAACCUUUGUUGGGUGAAAGGGGAUGGCCUGCUAAAACUCCGCUACACUCAUCCCACUUGCCCUGCGGCAAACUUUAGCGUCGCCUUCCUGUUCGUGGAACCCAACGUCAUCAUUCAUGGUUUGGUGGUGGUUGACGACUGCUCAGAAGGGUACUCGCUCAACCUAAGGGUAUCGGACUUCAUCCAGAAAGUAUUUCUCUCCGAUCCAGAACCGAAUAAGGUGUACAAGAACCUUACAACAAUGUCAAGAGUUGUGAAAGAUUCAGUGGCACUGCCUUUACUAGGAUGGGCUCAAAGUGUGUCAAAUGUUCCAGCCACAUUUGGGUUCAUGACACUCAGCAAUGAGAUCCAGCUCCUGAUCCUUGGCUACCUGAAUGUCAGGGACCUUCUUGCUGCGUCGAGGGUCAGUGUGGACCUGUUCUCCCUGGCCUCGCACCCUGUGUUGUGGCGCAAGCUUUUCUUCAAGAACUACCCUUCCGUGGAAAUCUCGCCAACAGAAAACAUCUCUGAUUGGAAAGAGAAGUACAAGCGUGAGCACCUUCUGCGUAAGGAGCAGCGGGAGUGUGCUCUGCGCCUGCUGCCCCGCAUGCCAGACCCCAUCGGGGUGAUGCCCAUGAGGAUCAACCACAGGCCCUUCGUGCCACCCCCGAUGCCCCUCCUCAUCGACGACGAGUUUGAGUUGGAUGGACUACUCCCUCGCCCUCCGAGGUUCUCACCACCCUAUCUUCCAGAGUUACCCCACCGCAUGCCCGAUCCGGCGUUAUCAAGGCCUUACUUCAGUCGUUUUGGCAUUCUCCCGCACCAGCGGUUCGGACCAGGCUUCCAGUUCCUCUGAUGUUCCUCGGGCCUUCGUUAUAGCCAUAUUUCGUGGGCAACAAGGGGAGGGGCGGGGGGGAGGGGGGGGGGGGGGAGACAAUCGUGUGAUAAAAAUUGCUUGUGGAACACA